AACUUUAAUUAUAAAAAAUUUGUCACCGCAUAAAUAAAGUACCAGUGGAUCAAGAUGUCAAACUUAAAACAAAACAAAGACAAUUCGUAUUAACAAAAAAGCUAAGGAAUAUGAAUGGUCCAACAUGCAAGAACAAAAGAGAUAUCAAAUCAUCAAAGGAUGUGGAUGAGAUGACAGGAGGAAUUGGGCAAGGGGAGUUGUACUCUCCGGACCAUGCAAUCAAAAUUAACACAAAAAAGUUGAAAGAAGAAAAUGGACAAGGGGAGUUGUACUCUCCUGACCAUGCAAUCAAAAUUAACACAAAAAAGUUUGAACAAAAUAAUAAUAAUCGUACUCUUGGUUUAGUACAAAAACAGGAUAAUCAUAAUUAUCAAGAAGAAGUGAAGGGAGAUACUAUGGUGGGGAGAGGUGUAGCGAAUGAUAUAAAGAAUAAGAUGGGUAUGGUAAAGGAACGGUUGAUGGAGAAGCUAGCUGCUGCAUCUGUGCCGUCUGAUGCUCUAGAAAACACUAGGCAGUUCUUUGAGUCGGUGAUCAAAGAUGUCACUUCAGCAGCUCAGGGCCUUACAAAGGAGGCUCUUUACAAGAUUAAGUCUCACCUUGCUGAUAUCUUGCCCUCUCAGUCUCCUCUUACCUCUAAGGGUUGUUAGUGAAUGGCCUUACAGGCUCGGACCUCGCUCUUAUGCAUAAGGAUGAAAAUGGGUAGGGUUUUCAUUUAUUUUGGAAGUCGAACCAUAUACCCAUUCGACUAGCGUGCCUGCCCGACCCUCGAAAGUGGGCGGGUUUCGGGCACGAAUUAUUGGCCUGCGGUAAGCCUCGACUUGACUUUUUGGGAAGAAAAUUCGGACCACGGGGAAUAUACAUAUGAAAAAUUAGGCUAAAGCCCGACCCGACUCAAAAAUGGCAUGAAAAGCCCGCAUGGCUUGACUCAAAUUAGCAGGUUUUGGUGUGGAAAUUGGAGCUUGGCCCGGUUAGCUUCUUUGGCCCUAAACGGGCCACUUUUUUUUGUCAAAGCCCGGUACGACCUAACCCAUGAUCACCUUUACCGUAGGUUCAGUUUAAACCCUUACCUAGUUACCUAUCCUCUUGGGGUCCAACGAGUCUAGAGUAGGAUUCCGGUCUAAAAUGGGACGAAAACUUAUAAUUUUAUUUUUUAUAUUGCUUAUUUUUUUGCCAUAUGUAACAUAUAGUAUUCCCUCCAUCUUUUAUUUGUUUACCUACUUUGUAUGUAGAGAAAAAUAUAAUCACAAGGGAUAUCAUUUGAUUCGUUUUAAUAUGUAGUUUGGAAUAUUAAAUUUUUGUAAUUUUUAUAAAUACAUAAUUAGAGAUAUUAUUACUCAA